GCGCGUUCCUUAUAUCUAAGAGGUUGCUUGCUAGCAAUUGACGCUCCUUUCAACUCAAGUGAUUCCCCACAUUGUGCCCCUCAAGUGCCGCUUCGCUCCACCAUCACCACGAAUACCCAGCAGAGGCAGCCCAGCUCACGACCCAAGACUUGCAGCUGGUCUUGGCUUUUACUUAUAAGCGCCGUCUUUGCGCUCAUUGCUGCAUUGAUUCUUCACAAUACAUCUCCCCUAAACAUCUUCACUCCAUCCACAAUGGGCGGCGGUCCUGAAGGCUUCCGCACCGUAGCUUACUACGUCAACUGGGCCAUCUACGCCCGGAAGCAUCGUCCCCAAGAUCUUCCCGUAGAGAAGCUCACCCAUGUUCUCUACUCGUUUGCCAAUGUCCGUAGCGACACGGGCGAGGUCCAUCUCACCGACGCUUGGGCGGACACCGACAUUCACUGGGAGGGCGACUCUUGGAAUGAUUCCGGCACCAACCUUUACGGUUGCAUGAAGCAGCUCAACCUCCUCAAGAGGCGCAACCGUAAUCUCAAGAUCCUCCUCUCAGUCGGUGGAUGGACCUAUAGCAGCAACUUCAAGGCUCCUGCGAGCACCCCGCAGGGUCGUGACACGUUUGCCAGAAGCUGCGUCGACUUGCUCAAGAACCUCGGUUUUGAUGGUAUCGAUAUUGAUUGGGAGUACCCCCAGGAUGCAAACGAGGCAAGAAACUAUGUUGAGCUGCUGGCUGCCGUCCGCCAGGCCAUGGACGCCUACGCCCAGACUUUGAGCCGACCUCACCACUUUGAGCUCACCGUGGCCUGCCCCGCGGGCGCGCAGAACUUCCAGAAGCUAGACAUCCGCGGCAUGGACCAAUACCUGGAUUUCUGGAACCUCAUGGCUUACGACUACGCUGGUUCCUGGGACUCAUCGGCCGGCCACCAGGCCAACCUGUACCCGUCGCGCGACAAUCCCUCAUCCACUCCCUUCUCGACCUCGGCCGCCCUCGACUUUUACGUCCGCAGCGGCGUCAACCCGCAAAAGAUUGUCAUCGGCAUGCCCCUCUACGGCCGCUCUUUCGAAAACACCGACGGUCCCGGCCGCCCAUACCAAGGCAUCGGAGAGGGCAACUGGGAGCGCGGAGUCUACGACUACAAGAACCUACCCCUUGCGGGCGCCCAGGAGUACAACGAUAACGCCUCCGGUGCGAGCUACUGCUACGACCCGCAGCGGCGCACCAUGGUCACGUACGACACGCCGCAGAUGGCGUGGGCAAAGGCCGAGUACAUCAAGAAGUGGCGGCUGGGAGGUGCCAUGUGGUGGGAGAGCAGCGGCGACAAGGAGGGGGACCAGAGCUUGAUCACAACUGUGGUGAAUACUUUCGGAGGACCGCAGGCGCUUAUGAGGCAGGAGAACUGCAUUGAGUAUCCGGCGACCAAGUAUGAUAACCUGCGCAAUGGGUUCCCGAACAACUAA